GAAAUAGAGAAGUUCUUUGAAGACUUCUGGAAUGCUGUGCCAGACGAGGACAGGGAAUGGUUAAGUGAGUCUCUGAAUGAUCGUGAUUAUGCUGUGGGUCUAGUUGAACUAAAUGAUGAAACAAAGACAAAGCUGGAAUUAAUUAAAAAGUCCAUAGUUGAACUAUUUACAGAAGAGACCAAUACAAAAAUUGAAAUACCUUCUUCAUGGGCUUUAAUGGAACAGUUAUUAUAUGAAGGAGGGUGGAAAGUUUUGUCCCUUGAGGAAAUUAGGAGGCUCAACUCAUCCCUUCCUGAUGAAUACCAAAUUAAAAGUGAUGAGGAAAUGUCUAGGUUUCUGAAGUGUUUCCAUGACAAUGGCAUUCUUUUGUAUUUUCAAGAUGAGAAAUUGAGGGAACAUGCAGUACUAGACAUUCAGUGGUUUGCCAAAGCUUUCAGUAAGAUUAUUGCUGAUAAGAAUCACAUUAACAAAGACUGCAAAACAAGAUUAAUCAAAGAGUGGAAAUCCUUUAACAAAACAGGAGAACUUAAAGAUAAAGUGGUAAAUGCACUAUGGAAAGAUGAACCCUUAUAUUUGACACACAAAAUUGAAAUUAUGUCUUACAUGGAGAAGCUUCAAAUGCUGGUACCUUUGGAGUCCUCUGGGGCUGUAUCAGAAGGUGGCAUGUCAUGGUAUAUCCCAUGCAUGAACAAAAAGCAGUUUCAAGCCAACUUUUGUGAAGAUAAAUGGGAAUGCUCCUCCAUUUUGUGCUAUCGGUUCACUUCUUUUGCCAUGUUUGUGUUCUACAGACUGGUAGCAUAUUGCAUGGGGUUUCUGAAAUGGAAUGUUUCAAAUGAUGGAGAUCAUGAAGGAAGUUUAUGUCUUUAUCAAACAGCAGCAGUGUUUGAUCACAAUGAACACACUGUUGUUGUUGGCAUAUGUAAUGAUGAAAUUCAAAUGCAAGUGAUGCAAAUCAAACCAUUGGCUAUAAAUAAAAAAGUAUCAAUUGAAAUCGGAGGUUUCCUUGAAAAUGCCAUAGAAGAAUUGACAGAAACUUUUAUUGGCACAAACAUUUUCCAUAAAGGAUUCAAAUGCCAAAACAUUAUUUGUAAUGAGAAUGAUGUAUCUUUCACUCUUGAAAGCGAGCUCUCCAAAAUCAAAUCUGAAGAAAUGCAGUGCAAGUGUCAACUUCUUGAAAGACAUGUGAUAAAUGUUCAAAGGACUCUGGGUUUCUGGGAAAAGGGAAAGUUGGGUGAUUCCAGCACUCUAAAGGCCUCUGCACAAGAGUUAGAAGGUAGAACUAGGUUUGCUAAACUUGGAAUGGCAACAAAUGAUGUGUUGAAUAAGGCAUACAGAGAUAUUCUAGAAUCAGAAGUACCUCCCUGCUAUAUUGAGAGCAAGGUGAAUUCAUUAUCAAACAAAAAGAGAAGAGAUCUGAAGUUGAACUCUGAUCAAGAAGACCUUUUGAUAAAAGCAAAAAAUUCUGGAUAUAGUGAUUUCGAUAUUUCAUUAACAUACAAGAUGAUAAGAAACAUUUGUUCAACAAUUCCUAAACCAACAAAAGGAGAAUGGGGAAAAGAGCCUGCAACAGGAGAGGUGACUGUUGGUGACGAUAUCGAGAGAAUUAGGUCAAUACGAAAUAGAUUGACUGCGCAUGUGAAUUCAGCAUCCACCCCCCAGACAGAAUUUGAUGACACUUGGUCGUCGAUGUCAGAUAUCUGUCAGAGAUUGGAGACUUUUACUGGAAAGAAAUACUCAGAUAACCUUAAUGAAAUUAAAAAGCUGACCUUGAGAAGGGAAGAUGAGGAUGCUAUUAUAAAGAAUGUUAAAAUGCAGGAAAUCUUGGAGAAAAUGAAAUCCAAUGUUCUCGAAUUUGAAGAACUGCUCAAGCCUAAAGAAGGUUCUACUAAUUAGGAGAUCAUAGAUUGCCGUUUGGAAUGCUUUAUAAUAAUUUUCAGCUUUAAAGCUGAAUUCACAAAUAAAUUUGAAUAUUUGGAAUAUUAUUUUUCAAGGAAUCUGAUUUUCAGAACUGAGAUUUCCUUCCUAAUUGCAAUAUUUAGAACAAUAAGUGGUUUCAUGGGAGAAUCACUAACUUUGAAUUUGUAAUGAUUCAAAUGAUUUAGAAUUUAAUUGUGCCUGUAAAAUACAAAAAAAGAUCUUUUACUUUAAAAAUUAAUGAAGGUUAUUCCUAAACUGUUUAAGAGAAUGAUGAGGUCAAAUUUUGAUACAUGUAUAACGUAGAUCACUUAAUUUUUGAGACACCUUAUUUUCGCAAGAUCAUCAUAGACUCUUGAUUAUAGAGACAAAUUUUUCACGAAUUGCGGUUAUGCUCUAAAUAAUGUUAAGGAAUGCUAUUAUACGCGAGAAUAAAAUUUUUGCGAGAAAACUGUCUCAGGUAAUUACGUGAAAAUAAUGUUCUCACGAAUAAACAAUAUUUUGGUACAUCAACUUACAGUUUUUAAGGUAUAAAUACAUGUCGUUAUUUGUAACUGUUUUGAUUAUUCUUCAUUUUAUCUUAAUUGGCGGAAAAAAGUCAUAAAAUUUUCAGAAUUUAAUAUGUACGAGAGGCAUUCAAUAUUUUUGGUCCCUGAUGUUUUUCAUUACAAAUAAGAUCACUCGAUAAAGAAUUUUGACGUCCAUGAACAAAUAUAUCCUUUACUGAGUUUGUGUCAAAAUUUUGAACAAGUCCGUGCACUCUAAAUCACAGACUUGCAAUUGGAGCUGGCCAACCCAAAUACACUGGACAUCCAUCAUGGGUUAAACACGAAGUGUUGAGUCACCUAAAAUAAGAAGCUAUAUUCUUGCUCGUUGUGUCAUUUGGUUUAGAAUGAAAUGAAAUAUAUGAAUAAAUUGUUCGGAUAUAUGGUGGAUCUGUUCUUUUAAAAAAGACAGUUUACAAAUGGGUUAGCAAGUUUAAGAAUGGUAGAACAGAUGUUUUAGACGACAAACAUUCAGGAAGACAACCAAGAGAAGUAACCAAAAGAAAUGCUUCCAAAUCCGUAAUAUUCUUAAGAAAAAAGCGCGACUUACAGUCAAGGAAAUAGCAAGAUGUGUAGUAAUUUCAACGGGUAGUAUUUUUACCAAUUUAAAAUCUAAAUUAAAGUGCCUUAAGAUUUGCGCAAGAUGGAUUCCCCUUAUACUUACCAAAACUCAAAAGAAGAAUCGUUUACAAAAAUGACAAAAACUUCGGAAAAUGUUUACAGAUAUGGACACUAGGAAGCUUAGUAAGAUUGUCACAGGUGACGAAACGUGGAUCAACUUUUUCCAGGCAAAAAGAAAAGUUAAAAACCAGGUCUGGAUUGGAAAGAAAAUGAAUUAAGACGCUUAAAUUGCAAAAAGAACCCAGACUUCAAAGAAAGCUUCAUGUGCAAUAUGUUUCAUCUCAAAUGGUUUGGUAUUACAAUAUGCUGUCCCACAUGGCAGAGGUGUCACGGAAAAAUGUAUUGCACACUUCCUAGACUAUAAAAAUUGUACAAAAAUACCGCCAAAUACAGGAUUGAGAGGAAUUACACUUCUGCAUGACUAUGCUACAGCCCAUAGAGCAAAAGUUACUCGAGACUACCUAGAGCGUCACAAAGUUAUCGAGCUUCCGCCUCUUGCAUAUUCACCUGAUCUUUCUCCUUGUGACUUUUCUCUUUUCCAAAAGUAAAGGAAGCUCUCUAUGGAAGGCGUUUUCAAUCGGGAUAAGCACUGGGAUCAGCCAUUUUUCAGUAUUUAAGGGUUAUACCACAAAGCACUUACAAAAAAAAAUUGUUUUUGACUAGAUUAAAUGACUUCAACUCUGUAUUAAAAAUAACGGACAUUACCUUGAAGGAAUGCAAUAUAUAAUUUAAGCUUUCAUUUUGUUUUUGUUGCUCUAAUAUAUAUGGUUGGGACAAAAAAUAUUGAACACCCCUCCCAUGAAUUAAGGGAAUAAUGAUAGUGAGCAUGCCAGCUCGGUGCAUUUUGUUCAUUAUUCCCCUAAUUGAUUGUUUAAAAUUUGUUUGUAUUUCUCUCCAAUGGUGCAUUUGUACAUAAAUAUAACUUGUGUAUGUUUUUUUUAUUGUAAAUAUCUUGCAUUUUAGAUGAAGAAAAAAAUAUCAUUGCAAUGAUUUUGUAAAAUCUACAAGUACAAACUUUUGUAUGGAAAGCCAACGGGUUCAAAAUUCCAACUCUGUAUUUCCUAAGAUGUACACAUGUAAACCAGAAUUUGUAAAUUGUAUAUCUUAGUUUAAUAAUUUGUGAAUUAUUCUUUCACAAUUUAUUAAUUGUAAAUUUUCCAGCAGAAUUUGAAAAUGGUAAAAAUGUAAAUACACUCAAGUAAUAUCAAUGAUCACGUGUAAUUCGUGACUUGUGAUUUGUCAACUUAUGAAAUGUACAUUCGUGAUUGUAAUUAUGCAAGGUUGCGUAUUUAGAUGAAAGGCGGCGCUAUAAAGGUUGCAAGUCAUUUCGCCCCUAAGCUAAAAAAGAUUCUUAACCAACUGAGUUUUGUAAUAUGCAUGCACAGAAUGCCUUCUACCUCUUUAGCUGUUUACAAAUUAGAUUUAAUUAAGUUAAGA